AAGCAACGAUUCGGUAUUCAUUUAUUGUAUGUAAGUACUAUAAAUGAUUAUAAGCCAUGAUUUUCCGCUACACCCAGCCUUUACCACGCCUUGGUAUAAAACGCAAGUUCAAAGUCGUGCAGUUACUAAUGUGGUAAUUGAAUCCAACGCCAUGCGACAUCAUAUAAUUUAUUUAUCAGUAUCGCUGGCUUUGUUAUUUUUAUUAAUAGAUUCUACAUUACAAGACCAGUCAUCAGUUGAUAAUCCAGUUUAUCUUUUGAAGACAACUACUUUAAUAAGAGAAAAACGACAGCUCGAAGAUCUUGAAAAUGAUGAAUACCCAACACCCUCAGCACAAGAGGCAGGAGAAGAAUCUGGAUUUUGGGAUAAAGUAGUAAAAGUAGCUCUAAGAUUAUUUAAUAAAUUUAUUGAAUGGUUAAAUUCAUCUUAAAAAAACUUGUAUAAUUUAUUAAUUAAAUAUACACACAUAAGUUACAUGCUAUUACAAUUUUUUAUUAAAUUUACAUCUUAAAUGGAAAAAUUAAACAUAUGACAAUAAACAAACUGAUUCUAUUACCAAAAAAAUUUAUUAUUAUGAUGUAUGUGAGGACGAUUUUAAAUAGUUUUCAGGUAUAUUCAGUGGAUUGUAGUUUUUUUGUGAAGCUAAAUGUCUCAAAAUUGACAAUUCAUUAUCUUCAGUUGGCUUUGUUAAAACAUUCAUAUUUUUUUCGGAAAUAUUUAUUGAUUGUAAGAUCUGUUUAUAUGCUGUGCUUCUAAUAAACGCUUUACUAGUAA